GAAGAGGACAAGGGCAUGCUCAGUGGUGGUGGCGGUGAUGCGGACCUGGCCAAUGCCGCGGCGCGGGGCCAAGUGGAAGCCGUGCGGCAGCUCCUCGAAGCCGGUGUGGAUCCCAACAGACUCAACCGCUUCGGGAGACGCCCGAUCCAGGUGAUGAUGAUGGGCAGCGCCCGCGUGGCCGAGCUGCUGCUGCUCCACGGCGCGGACCCCAACUGCGCGGACCCCGCCACCCUCACCCGGCCGGUGCACGACGCCGCCCGGGAGGGCUUCCUUGACACGCUGGUGGCCCUGCACCGAGCCGGGGCGCGGCUGGAUGUGCGCGAUGCCUGGGGCCGCCUGCCCGUGGACCUGGCCGAGGAGCGGGGCCACCACGACGUCGCCCGGUACCUGCGCGCGGCCGCGGGAGAUUGA